CUGUCGAUUCGUUACCAUAUCCUUCAAGUCCUCCAACCAGCCGGUUGUGGAAUCUUUCGGACCCCAACCUGGGAGGCGAGAGACAUCUACUCUACCUGUGACUGUGCAUUUCUUCAUACCUCGUCUUUGUGUCAUCUGUUGACCUCCACGUGGUUUCCUCCAGCCCGGAGCGUUACUAUUGGUAAUCAUGGUGAAAUUUAUUGCUUUCUAUCGCUUUUCGUACACCCUUCCCAAACAGAUGGUCCUUCGCGUUAUUUCUGGCAGUGGACUGAUUUCACAAGUUAUCUGGUUUUCACUACCGCAUUUGUCCUGGUGUCCACUAUGGUGACGCAUUUAUUCGGUGCCAAUGCUCUGUUUGUUCAUUUGUUGGGAUUUGCUGCACUUUUUAUCGAAGCGUUACUCGGUCUGCCACAACUGAUCAAGAAUUAUCAGAACGGAUCGACUAAAGGAAUGAGCGUCAUGAUGGUUUUCCUCUGGACAAUUGGAGAUGUGGCUAAAUCUGUUUUCUUCAUGCUCGAACAUGCACCCCUGCAAUUCCCUCUGUGUGGUUGGCUCCAAGUCACCAUGGAUUUAGUGAUUUUCGCGCAGCAUUUCUACUAUACCUAUUUGAAACGAUGA